AAUCACCAGCAUCCCAACUUGUUUCUUGCAGAGUUCUUGCUUGUGUAUACAUACCAUACCACAGGCCACUGCUGAAUCCAUGGCGAAAUGCUUCCUGGUGCUCGCCUUCUUGGCGUUUCUCCUGCCAGCGGCCUACGCGAUGUGCCACCCUGACGACCUCCAAGCGCCGCGGGGCUUCGCCAGGAAGAGCAAUAGAAGAACACUCCAACAACAACAGCCAAAUACCAUUACUGGGACCAACAACAGUGUCAGAUCUGGGAGUGGUAAUAUUGUAUCUGGGAACAGCAACACUGUCGUAUCUGGGGACAACAACAAUGUUUCUGGGAGCAACAACACAGUCACAUCUGGGAGCAACAAUGUCAUAGUUGACAGCAACCAUGUCGUAACUGGGAACAACAAUACUGUAUCUGGCAGGAACAAUAUGGUAACUGGGAACAAUAAUGUUGUAUCAGGGAGCAACCAUGUCGUGUCCGGGGACAACAAAGUCGUAACUGGCGGUUAA